GAACUCUCGAUUCGGUCAUGAGGCGCGCUACUCUACCCUCGGUCUGUCGUCUCCCGUCAUGUCCAAGGUCAGAUCAAACAUUGACCACAACACUACCACACAAGAUGAAGGCGUCGUCGGUCCAACAGGCCUUCAAGAGCCUGACUUCGCGCAUCCACCCUCAAUUGCCACUAUCGGAACGUGAAUCGCAGCGCCUGCUCAACGCCCUCACAUCCUCGUUCCGUACCCAGCUGGAACAACCCCACCACCACCACCAGGACGACCCUUCAGCUCUCACCACCUCUGCCUCAGUCUCACCUUCAACCUCCACUCCGCAGCCUCUGUCGUCCAGCACCGCCACUGACCGUCACCUGGCCUCUAUCCUGACCAAUCCUCUGCUUACCAAGCCCGUCCACCAGCAACUCAAGGCCAAGUCAAAGCAUCCCGUCGCCCUGUUUGAAGAUCACGUCGCCGCUGGACGCGCCAAUCUACCCUCUGCCAGACUGUGUCUCGAGGCUUUCAGAAAUUCGCUAUCUGUACUGUUUCCUGCCCAGAUCAAGGACCAGAUCAACCGCUAUGCUGCUGGCACUCGUGUACUGAGAUGGCUGUGGACUAGUGGUCAGACUCACUCGCUAUCUUUUGCCCUAGAUGCUCGAUUCUGCAACCAGCUGGCCUUCUUUCUGAUUCACGAGGGUAAGGAGGCUGCUUUGUGGGAGCUCAUAGACACUCCUAUCGCCGCUUCGUCCAAUCUUUCCCUCAAAGAAAACAGCAGACGCAAGGGUUUGUUGCUCAGCUCUAUCGUCAAAACCUGUCUCUCCGCUCCUGAUGAGUCCCUGGAGUCUGCUCUCUCUGCCUUCUUCCGAGCUCUGGAAGCCUCUCACUCAUCACACGCUUCCAUCUCUCAUGCUGGUGUCUAUCUGACACAAGCUCUACCUAAGCUCAACUACUCCUCCGAGUCCGACGUUCUCUUGUAUAAUCGCUUCGUCGAAGCCAUCCCUCGUUGGAACAAGAAACACCCGGACAGAGCCAUCUACAGGAUCGCAAAUCUCGCCCUACAUCACCCCACAACGCCAUCAGCAGAUCCCGCUCUGGACUUUAUCCGAGAACUUCGCCCUCUUGCUUCUCAUCCAUUCUUGAGCCCGUCCACUGCUUUUCAGAGGUCCACUGUCUUUGCUUUCUUCUUCGACACGGUCAAGCUCUUGCAAAAGCAAAGUCGCUUUGACGAUGUUCUAUGGGUCAUGGAGUUCAUGCAACAAAAGUUCCCCGGGGAGUUCGUACCAGUCAAUCAACCCCUGUCUACUGCCUCGGCACCAUCUCAGGCUCCUGAAUUCUCGACUACUUCUUCUCAUUCGAGUUUGCCUGACUGGAAAGUGCCCGAAUUUGGCUGAGCGCCGCUUGACUGCGAUUCAUCGACAACAUCGCUAAGCAACAAUUACUACGAUACAUCACAACACUCACGGUUGAUUUUCAUAGACGCACAAUACAUGAGUCACCACUAUAUGUGCUCUGGAAUCACCGAAUGGAUGCCAACGCUUCCUCUGCGAUCACUAUACCCGAAAUCCUGGACGAUGCGCGUCUAGAAAUGGGUCUUACAUACUCGCACAGGCACUCAGUCCUGAUCAGCACGCGGACACCUACCGCUGUCAUGCAGGAUAUUCCAAAGUGUCAGCGGGUCGCUGGAGUAUUGUCAACGAUGCAGUUUGAACGGAGAAUCAUGAAACCCGUCCUGCAAGCAGUUGAUCCUGACUCGUUCUCGCUGCUCAUAUAACCCCCUGAUUUAGGAGAAUAGUACUGGUGUAGAGAAGCAUUUACACAUAGUUCAUAGCAUUGCCUAAGCAGCACUUUAAAUAACUAUGUAGUUCUCGCAUUCUAUAAGCGUCUAGUG